AUGGACGUCUCCUCCACAACAAUCAACCUCGCCUUUCCGCAUGCCGUUACAUCUGUCUUUGCUCCCUCAUUCACCCUCGGCGCCAACUUCUGCAGAUGCAAUUCGCAUCACUAUCCCGCCGUCUGGCACCUGGCCGAUGCCGCCCCACUGGCGCCCUUCCGAAACAAAUGCCAAUGCCAACGCCACUAUUAUCACUGUCGCCGCCACUUGCGAAAGCGUGAAAUGUCUGUCCGGCUCCCGCACGUCUCCGUCGGCACUGGCCUAUGGGCCAGCUAUGAUAAGCUUGGCCCCCAGGGCAUGAGGGUAAGAUUUGCGCCUGGUCAGCGCGUGUCGUGGAGUCGAGUAGACGGGGGCGAUCCAGAAGUUCCUCUCACUAUCGACAUGGUGGCCAAGGAUCAUGCUCUUUGGCAGAACGGCAGCGGCGCCGUCCUCGAUAGAGCCAUCUUCCCGCCGCUGUCUUCCACGCCCUGGUGGCUAAGAGCUCUCUUCGUGAUUCUUGCUGUCGCCUUACUCCCCUGGAGGAACAAGCUCCUCAACCCAAUGUUGUGGGUGCAACUGCAGACCAUCUUCUUCGCCCACGACUUACGUCUACCAUGGCUACGCACACGUGACAUGGCUAUGGAUUGCGCAGCCGUUUGGUGGUGCACCGCCUGCUUGGGCGAAGCACUUGCACAUCCAAAGUUUCUACAUCAUCGCAAGGGCGGUAAUGACGUGGUCAUAUUGGACUGGAACGCUCGUCCUCGGAAUGAAGUGGGAGUAAUAUGUCAAGUAUACCACUAG